AUGAUUGAACUUCUUGAGUCCUUUGGGGGACUCUGCUAUGAGGAGUGUGGGAACAGUGACCAAGUGAACAUGGACGAAUAUUGGUCAGGAGCGCUGCUGGCUGCAGGCGGCAAACCAGGCCACAUGAUGACGGAUGACUGGCACAUGACCACCGGCGCCUGCUCAUGCGAGCUGUAUUUCUUAGACAGCUCGCUGGGGUUUGGAAGCGCCUGGGUCUUGAUCACUGGGGCUUGUCACAAAGAAUUGCACAUCCUGAUGACUUAUCUUCUGCAAUCGUACGGCAAAGGUGGCGAUGGGUGGAACAACAAAGGCUGGGGGAAGGGCUACCCCUUCGGCUAUGGCUUCGGCCCUUGGGAUGGUGGCAAGGGCAUGAUGAUGGGGGCCUAUGGCGGAAUGAUGAUGCCACCCAUGUUUGGUUUCAAAGGCAAGGGAAAGGGCAAAGGCAAGAGUCCCCUGAAGGUCGAUCCCGACAGGAAGGUGUGGAUUGGCAACAUCCCCGAGGGCGUCCAAUGGAAGGAGUUGCAGACUUUGGUGGACUCGGUUGCCAAGAGCAAAUGGGUUGAGAUCUUCCGUGGCAAGGGAAAGGGCACCGCUGCCGUCGUGUACGCAACCGCUGAGGAAGCAUCGCAAGCCAUCUCUGGACUGAACUGUCAGAGUCUGGGUGGUCAAUCCAUCGUGGUGGACGCCUGGGAGAAAGGCACCAAGUGA